AGAGAAUAAAUGCUUUGGUAGAAGUACAGACAAGCAGGACACUCUCCUUCCAUACAUACACAUAUAUGUAUGCGCAUAUAGGCGAUGAACAAAGCAGGCACGUGCUUCUUCUUCGUUUGGUGGAAGCCAGAGAGAGAGACAGAGAAAGAAGUUAAUUCGUUCACCACCUUACUUUCCAGCCAAGGCACACACAUACACACUAUCUUCUCUGUAAUGGAAAAGAUGAGCUGAGCAAAUUUCUUAUUUUUCUUGUGUGCCUUUGGUUCGAAAGCUUGCUUGCAAAACCCCAAAUCUUAUUUAUUCUCUGUUCGUUGAUCUCUGGGUUGUUCUCGACUCUCUGAUUCUUCUUUUGUCGGUUUCUCGAGAGUUUUGACUUUGGUCGGUAAAUUUUUCUAGCCGUUAAGGAUGACCAAAAUAAAUGCAAAAGCAGUUGAAAAGUUCUUAGCUUGAGCUCAAUCCCAAGAAAAAUCAACCGUUUCGUUUAUCGGGUUUCGGAAAUUCGAAGAACGUUUGGUUUCAGUUCGUAAAUGCAGCUACUUGUUAUUGAUUCUGGUGUUCUUCAUUUUCGAGGACGAACCCCAAAUUCGAGCUCCUUGUAGAGAUUCACGAACCGGGUUCAAUUUCGGGUUCGGGUUCGGAUCCGAGAACCGAAAAAUGUCAACUGGGUAGAUCCGUUUUUCAGCGGAAUAUGAAAAGGGCACAUCUUUUGCUGGUUUUGGUAAAUUUUGUCUACAUUUCAGUAUCUCCAAGUUACUCUGCUACAAUCAGUGAGCGAGAGAUUCUGCUUCGGUUCAAAGACAGUAUCAGCGACGAUCCGUACAACAGCUUGGCCUCUUGGGUCUCCGACGGCGACCUCUGCAAUAGCUUUAAUGGAGUCGCUUGUAAUCCACAAGGGUUCGUGGACAAAAUCGUCCUGUGGAACACAAGUCUCGCCGGAACUUUAUCUCCGAGGUUGUCCGGUCUAAGGUUCAUCCGAGUCCUGACCUUGUUUGGCAACAGGUUUACAGGUAAUCUACCGGUUGAUUACUCAAAGUUACAAACUUUGUGGACGAUUAAUGUUAGUUCCAAUGCGUUUUCUGGUCCGAUCCCGGAGUUUAUCGGUGAACUGUCUAGCUUAAGGUUUCUCGACUUGUCUAAAAAUGGUUUCGCCGGAGAGAUUCCUGCUUCUCUGUUCAAGUUCUGCUACAAGGCCAAGUUCGUCUCAUUGUCUCAUAACUAUCUCUCCGGAUCAAUCCCUGAUUCAAUCGUGAACUGUAACAACCUCCAAGGAUUUGAUUUCUCUUACAAUAGUCUCAACGGAGUGUUGCCGUCUAGGAUCUGCGAUAUUCCGGUGCUUGAGUAUAUCUCAGUGAGAAACAAUCUGUUGUCCGGCGAUGUCUCUGGGGAGAUACCGAAAUGUCAGAGAUUGAGCCAUGUCGAUUUGGGAAGCAAUUCGUUCCGCGGGUUCGCGCCUUUCGAGGUUAUCAGAUUCGAGAACAUAGCUUAUGUCAAUGUCUCUUGGAACCGGUUUGGUGGAGAGAUUGAAGAUGUUGUUGAUUGUGGCGAAAGUUUGGAGUUUUUGGAUGCUUCGUCGAAUGAGCUAACCGGUAAGAUCCCUGCCGGUUUAAUGGGUUGCAAAAGUCUCAAGCUUUUGGACUUGGAGUCUAACAAGCUGAAUGGGAGUUUCCCGGGAGGUAUCGGGAAGAUGGAGAGGCUCUCGGUUAUUAGAUUAGGCGAUAAUUCUAUAGAUGGAGAGGUACCGAGAGAGAUUGGAAGUUUGGAGUUUCUACAGGUCUUGAAUCUGCGUAAUCUCAAUCUCAUUGGUGAAGUUCCAGAGGAUAUAUCCAAUUGCAGAGUGCUUCUUGAACUAGAUGUUUCAGGGAAUGAUUUAGAAGGAGAGAUCCCUAAGAAGCUGUUAAACUUGACAAACCUAGAGAUUCUUGAUCUGCAUGGAAACCGUCUCAACGGAAGUAUUCCACCUGAGCUUGGAAGCCUAUCCAGAAUCCAGUUUCUUGAUCUUUCGCAGAACUUGCUUUCAGGGCCAGUCCCGUCUUCUCUCGGGAAUUUGAACUCACUAACGCAUUUCAAUCUCUCCUACAACAAUCUCUCCGGCGUUAUCCCUCUUGUUCCAAAGAUGCAAGCUUUUGGAUCUUCUGCAUUUUCAAACAACCCUUUCCUCUGCGGUGUUCCUCUUGCAACUCCCUGCAGUUCACGUGGAGCAACAGCGAAACCUAGAAACUCUAAAGCACUAAGCAUCUCGGUUAUCAUAGUCAUAAUAGCCGCUGCUGUGAUCCUCUUCGGUGUCUGCCUAGUUCUUGCUUUGAACCUAAGAGCUCGUAAAAGAAGAAAAGACGAAGAGAUAGUCACAGUCGAAACCACUCCUCUGGCUUCUUCAAUAAACUCAAGCGGUGUGAUAAUCGGAAAGCUUGUUCUUUUCAGCAAGAACUUGCCUUCAAAGUAUGAAGAUUGGGAAGCAGGCACAAAAGCUUUGCUCGACAAGGAGAACAUAAUCGGCAUGGGGUCGAUUGGAUCGGUCUACAGAGCAUCUUUCGAAGGAGGGGUUUCCAUUGCAGUGAAAAAGCUCGAGACUUUAGGAAGAAUCAGGAACCAAGAAGAGUUUGAGCAAGAAAUCGGAAGGCUUGGAGGUUUGCAACACCCGAAUCUGUCCACUUUCCAAGGUUACUACUUCUCCUCAACGAUGCAGUUGAUUCUCUCCGAGUUUGUCCCCAACGGUAGCCUCUACGAUAACCUACACCUGAGAAUCUACCCUGGAACCAGCUCAAGCCAUGGGAAUACCGAUUUGAAUUGGCACAGAAGGUUUCAGAUUGCUUUAGGAACCGCGAAAGCGAUCUCUUUCCUGCACGAUGACUGUAAACCGGCGGUUCUUCAUCUCAAUGUAAAGUCCAGCAACAUUCUUCUAGACGAAAAGUACGAGGCAAAGCUAUCGGAUUACGGUUUAGAAAAGUUUCUUCCGGUUCUGGACAGUUUCGGUCUGACCAAAAAGUUCCACAACGCGGUUGGGUACAUUGCUCCAGAGCUAGCUCAGCAGAGCUUGAGAGCGAGUGAGAAAUGCGAUGUGUACAGCUACGGCGUGGUUCUUCUUGAGCUGGUUACGGGUAGAAAACCGGUGGAGUCUCCGUCGGAAAACCAAGUCUUGAUCUUGAGAGAUUACGUGAGGGAUUCGUUGGAGAGUGGCUCGGCUUCUGAUUGUUUUGACAGAAGGUUGAGAGAGUUUGAAGAGAAUGAGCUGAUUCAAGUGAUGAAGUUAGGACUGCUUUGCACGUCGGAGAAUCCAUUGAAGAGGCCGAGUAUGACUGAGGUUGUGCAGGUUCUUGAAUCCAUCAGAAAUGGAUUUGGAUCAUCAUGAUGAAGAUUCUUUUUAUUUUUUUUUGCCGUUUUGAGUAAAGAUUGCAUAGAAAAUGUGCAGUGUAGUGUUUAGAGUUUAGAAAGUGGGUUUAGAGGGGAAAGGUUUAAUAUUCGUUUGGUGAUUUUUGGGAUUCUCCGGUUUAGAUUAACGUUUGUUCAAUGAAAUUGUUAUCAUAUAUCUAUUUCUUCCUCUGGGAGAUUAAAAAGAUUUGACUUUUUCAAUCAUGAGAUUUUACAUGUUUCAGAAA